GAAGAAACCAGUGUGUGUGUGUGGAAGUUGCCAAAUGAAGAUUAACGCUGAUUGAAAUGGCGUCAGUCACGGUACGUGGCUGGGCUCUCGGCACCGUGUCUCUGCUAAACUUUGCGUUUGUUUUCAUAUCCGGUUCAGACUUUAUUCGGUUUAUAUCAUUUCGAGCCAUUUACCAUAACAUCACCGGGGAGACGACACUGUGUCAAGACUCCAUACCGUGGUCAGUGGCCCUGCAGGACAGCUCUGUCCUCAGGUGUCUCAUUGUGGAUCUGGGUCUGCUCGCCCUCUUCACCACACAGCACAGUCUUCUCGCCUGGUCACCUGUGAAACAGGCCCUCCAGUCAGUACUGGGGCCCCUGAACAGGACGGCGUACUGCUUCACCACUGCUCUGGCACUGCAGAUCUUGGUGCGGUACUGGCAGCCUGUGACUGGCGCCCCCUGCCUGUGGUCAGUGCGCCAUGCACCCUGGAGUAUCUGGUUCCCUCUGCUCUGCUUCACCCUGCACUUCAUCUGCUGGGCCAUCAUCUGCAGCAUCCUCAUGAUCUUUGAUUACCCAGAACUGCUGGGCCUCAAGCAGGUGUAUUACGAGUGUCUCGGUUUAGGAGACCCCCUGUCCCACAAGUCGCCCCACGCCCAGCGCUUCCUGUCUCACCUCCGCCACCCGGUGUGCCUGGAGCUGGGCGUCGUGCUGUGGCUCCUGCCGGCCUUGUCCCUGGACAGGCUCCUGCUGGCGGGGAUCCUGUCGACCUACCUGGCCCUGGCACACUCCCUGGACAAACAGGAUUUAGCCUACCUGUGCGUCCAGAUUAACAGGAAGAUGCAGCUCCUCGCCCAGCCACACCGGGGCAUCGCCAGCGCCACCGACAGGGACAACAGUAACCACAAGGAGAAGUGAGGUCAAGGUCUUCUCACUGCUGAAGCUGACUGCUAUUCUAAUAUUAACCAGAAAUAUUAAUUCAAAACUGACUUCUACAGAUAACAUGCUCUGGUCAUUUCUGCUAAAAGAAAAUGGCCACACUCGAACUGAAUUUGUUGCAUCUUGACACUGAUUUUUUUAUAUUUUCUUUUUACUGUGUAUGUAGUUUCAGAAAGGGAGAAAACACUUCCUCUAUUAAUGAGGAUUAUCACUAUUCUCUAAAGGUGGCUGAUUUUACUGUUACAUUUCUGAACCAACUUAAUAUAACGGUUACAUUUUUAUAGAUAUUUCUAAUUUCAGAUGAAAUUUUAGGGGAGAGGUUCAUACAAAAUAGAUAUUGUGUGUAAUAUGUUGUGUAGCCUGAUCAAUACCAGACAUAUAACACAGCAUACAUAAUGAAAGGGACAUUUAACAGUUGAAAAAUCAACUUGUUUUGUCACUUGUGCAUAAAAAAACAUUUAAAUACCUACAAUUCAAAAAAGAAAAGAGAAAAAGGAAAUAAAAUUAAAACGUUUGUACACUCAGCUGAGGUAGAAAAAUACUUGGCAAUCAUGACAUACAUGAAGCGUAUAAUGGCAACAUUUGUUGACAAGAUGACAACAAGAGAUGAAAACUCGCAACAGACAAAAACAUUUCUGCAGCAACGUAAUGCUCCUUAUAUCAUUACAUUGAACACCAUAUUUAUGUUUGUUUUUUUUUUUACGUUUGUUUGAGGUUUGACUGAUGCUCUUUUAAAUACGUUAUCUUGCAGUCUCUUCUUCUGUGGUGGUUUAAAAACACAACCUGGAGAAUCUGCACCACCAACUCCUUAUUUCAAUGAACCAGCUCCCGUCAUUUGCAGCUAAUAUUAAUCUUAAUGGAUGGAAACGCGUUAGAUCUGUUUUUUGAUUAGGAUAAGAUUUUGAUGUGGACUUGACUUGUGUUACUUGACUAAAUUACUUCAAACCUACUUGAAAUUUCUUGUUGCGUAUCGGCCGACAUACAGAUACCGAUGUUUCUGCAGUGAGCUAAUGUCAGUCUAGCUCUAAUAUUUUGCAGUGAAACCCUCCAAUUUUUUUUUUUUUUUUAACUAUGCUGAAUGUGUUUUAGUACAUCAGUUUCUUUUUAUGGGCUUUUACAUUCCAUGUGCCAACUACAUUUAUACUGUAUUUGUCAGCACACUGUUUUCACGUUUAUUUGUCCUUGGAGGAGAAUGUAAUGUUGAGAUUUCACACUGGCAAAAGCACAGAAAUGCAGCUUUAUUUUUCCACAACUUUUAGCUGUAAUGAUAUUGGUAUUUCUGAGAUUAUGAAUGUAUUUCCUCUCUUGCUUAUGUUGUGGGUGAAUCUGCAUAAAUGGCAGGCUAAUUUUGUGCCUUUCCCAGUCUGUUUUACUUUGAUAAUCCAAGUAAAUUGUGUCAAAAGGUAAAAGCUUGUUGGCAGAACGACCAGUAUUUUAUUAAGUGUCAUAAAUUCUUGAACUUUAAAGUACUGUAAUCUUUGGUUUCAUGAGUAUUAUGGGCUAAUAUAACAGGCCUCACUAUAAAGACAACAAUAACUUUAAGUAUUUCUAAGACCAUGUUGAAUAAAUAGAAUAAGCUGAAUACUGUUAA